AUGGAUCAGAUGAGCAGUUGUGUAUUCACGAAAUCAGUGGAUCGCUGCGAAGAUGACUCACCCCCUGUAUGUUUGGUAGAACUUGUAAAUUCUAAGACCAAAGUUACUGAUACUCAUGAAUAUACUGAACUCUGCAGUGAUAAAUCGAACAUUGGUGUACAAGAAAAUGGAGGCAAUAACUGUACAGUUGAGGAAAUUUGUCCAAACAAAACUUGUUCCUCCUCACUGGGGUUUCACGAUUUCAAGUCCAAAUCUCCUUUACCGGCUGUAAUAUCUGAAGACAAAAGUGAUGGUCUAUCAAACACUAUUUUAUCAAAUAAUCCUUCCUCUAUAUCGACUGAUCUUGACAAUUCUCACCUAUCAACCAUGAAAGAAUCAAGCUCGCUUAUUUGUAAUCAGCACACUCAGUCUGAUAAUGAAUCUCUAACUACGGAAAAUUGUUUGCGAUCUGAAGCGAAAAUUACUCCUUGCGAUCGCCAGGCAGAAGAUGAAGAUGACUUGGACUUUGAAGAUCGACCAUUAACUGUGGACACGCAAGAAUCUGAUGAUAUAUUACUUAAUGAACCUCCGAAAAAGAUAAUUCCUCUUACGAACAACUCUGUAUACAUUGUACCUAAUUCAAUGACUGAAGAUAAACAAGAUCCUACUACUAGUACUACUAUUGAAAGUAAAACGUCAUUUAUUGCAACCCACAACACACCAUCUAGUGUUGUGUGUUUAUCUUCAUCACCUUCACCAUGUCAAUCUACACUUUCCGCUCAAAGUAGUCAAUCUAUUAGUAUUCCUAACAAAAAUUGCUCUUCCGAUGGACAUCAAAUGAGUACUCCCGUUGCUCUAGCAACUGUAGCCCCUAUAAGAAUGUCAUCUAUGGGACCUGAUUAUAGCGUUUCAAAUGAAGUCUUAAGACCUGUUAAACCUGCUCCACAAGAUAUUCAGUUAAGUACAGUUAUGAGCAAUCACACCACCCCACAGACUGUUACAUCAAUAUUUCCUAACAAGCAUGAAAUGGUUUCUACAACAUCAUCUGUAUCCUAUAAUUCAAAAUCUUCUAAUCACAGUAGAACAAAUGAAAGAUCUAGCUUUUCUCCAAUUAGUGUCACCAAAUCUACCUCUGUUGGCACGACUUCUAUGGCGGUUUCGACUAUUCCUACUACUGGUUCUUCUGUGAUGACCACACACAGUAUGUCAAACAUAUUCAAUGUGAGAACACGUCCAUCAGUCGCUCAGUCAGUACUUCCAGUUUUAUCUGUUGGUCCCCAACCAACUCCAUCUCUCACUUCGCAAACUUCUCUUCCAUCUAUACAAUCUCAAUCUACUGUACAUUUUAUGCCUUUUGUUAGUAAUAUGCCAGUUUCUGCAUCAUCUACUGGUUUAAGAAAUAUUAUAAAUCAUAGCCAAACUAUACCGAUUGCUGGUACGCCAACUGCACCAUGCGCUCCACUUCAAAUAUUCAACAUGACACCUAUGCCACAGUUUAUGGGUACCCCUAGUUAUGUGCUACAUCCUACUGGACCAGUUCCCGGUGCAAAUAGCUUCCAGUUUCCUCAAGGAUCAACACAUUUACUGCCUGGCUUAUCAGGCGGUGCUGGAGUUGGUGGUGCGGCAACAUUCAAUUUUUUACAGCCACAAAAUUACCCGUCAACUAUUUUUCCUCAACCUCCUACUAUGUCUGAUGUAUUAAUUGAUCCACAAAAUCCUAUGGGUUUAGGACAUUCUAUCCUAACUCCACCUUCAUCAAUUACUCUUAUAAGUGCUAUAAACAAUCCUAGUUCAUCAUCGUUCACAUCCAUAUAUCCAACACUUUUACAUCCACCUAAUCAAAAUUUUUUCCAAACAUCAUCUACACACUCUGGUCCAGUAUCUUAUCCAUAUUCAACUGCUUUAGCAGCUGGUACAAAUUUAGUGAAUGCAACUGCACCACAAAUGGCUACUUCUUUAGUUCCAGCUGGAGUUACAAAUUUACCAAAUAUUCAUAAUUCAAAUGAAACAAGUUUCAUGUUUCAAUCUGGACCACCACCACAUGGUACAUCGUUCAUUUCAAGUAAUUUCACUCCGAAUCCAGGCCAAUUGUUCCCUCCAUAUCAAGCAGAAGAUGAAGAUGACUUGGACUUUGAAGAUCGACCAUUAACAGUGGACACGCAAGAAUCUGAUGAUAUAUUACUUAAUGAACCUCCGAAAAAGAUAAUUCCUCUUACGAACAACUCUGUAUACAUUGUACCUAAUUCAAUGACUGAAGAUAAACAAGAUCCUACUACUAGUACUACUAUUGAAAGUAAAACGUCAUUUAUUGCAACCCACAACACACCAUCUAGUGUUGUGUGUUUAUCUUCAUCACCUUCACCAUGUCAAUCUACACUUUCCGCUCAAAGUAGUCAAUCUAUUAGUAUUCCUAACAAAAAUUGCUCUUCCGAUGGACAUCAAAUGAGUACUCCCGUUGCUCUAGCAACUGUAGCCCCUAUAAGAAUGUCAUCUAUGGGACCUGAUUAUAGCGUUUCAAAUGAAGUCUUAAGACCUGUUAAACCUGCUCCACAAGAUAUUCAGUUAAGUACAGUUAUGAGCAAUCACACCACCCCACAGACUGUUACAUCAAUAUUUCCUAACAAGCAUGAAAUGGUUUCUACAACAUCAUCUGUAUCCUAUAAUUCAAAAUCUUCUAAUCACAGUAGAACAAAUGAAAGAUCUAGCUUUUCUCCAAUUAGUGUCACCAAAUCUACCUCUGUUGGCACGACUUCUAUGGCGGUUUCGACUAUUCCUACUACUGGUUCUUCUGUGAUGACCACACACAGUAUGUCAAACAUAUUCAAUGUGAGAACACGUCCAUCAGUCGCUCAGUCAGUACUUCCAGUUUUAUCUGUUGGUCCCCAACCAACUCCAUCUCUCACUUCGCAAACUUCUCUUCCAUCUAUACAAUCUCAAUCUACUGUACAUUUUAUGCCUUUUGUUAGUAAUAUGCCAGUUUCUGCAUCAUCUACUGGUUUAAGAAAUAUUAUAAAUCAUAGCCAAACUAUACCGAUUGCUGGUACGCCAACUGCACCAUGCGCUCCACUUCAAAUAUUCAACAUGACACCUAUGCCACAGUUUAUGGGUACCCCUAGUUAUGUGCUACAUCCUACUGGACCAGUUCCCGGUGCAAAUAGCUUCCAGUUUCCUCAAGGAUCAACACAUUUACUGCCUGGCUUAUCAGGCGGUGCUGGAGUUGGUGGUGCGGCAACAUUCAAUUUUUUACAGCCACAAAAUUACCCGUCAACUAUUUUUCCUCAACCUCCUACUAUGUCUGAUGUAUUAAUUGAUCCACAAAAUCCUAUGGGUUUAGGACAUUCUAUCCUAACUCCACCUUCAUCAAUUACUCUUAUAAGUGCUAUAAACAAUCCUAGUUCAUCAUCGUUCACAUCCAUAUAUCCAACACUUUUACAUCCACCUAAUCAAAAUUUUUUCCAAACAUCAUCUACACACUCUGGUCCAGUAUCUUAUCCAUAUUCAACUGCUUUAGCAGCUGGUACAAAUUUAGUGAAUGCAACUGCACCACAAAUGGCUACUUCUUUAGUUCCAGCUGGAGUUACAAAUUUACCAAAUAUUCAUAAUUCAAAUGAAACAAGUUUCAUGUUUCAAUCUGGACCACCACCACAUGGUACAUCGUUCAUUUCAAGUAAUUUCACUCCGAAUCCAGGCCAAUUGUUCCCUCCAUAUCAAUUUCCAACAUUUCCAAAUCUAUUUCAAACCAAUGAUACUACUUGUUUAACUGCUACUGGUGGUGGUACAUUGAUGAUGUCAUCUAGUCUACCGACAGAUUUCACUCCUUCUUCUUCUGCUGCUGCUGCUGCUGCUUCCUCUACGUCUUCAUCUUCAUCUUCUUCUACAUGUGAUACAACAAAAUCAUCAUUCACUGGUGCUGGUGCUAGUGGUGCCAGCAAUGGUCUGUCAACUUAUUGGCCAUAUAUUGUUAGUACACAAGAUUUAAUGCAUUCAACAUCUCUUAUUCAAGUCUCUUCUAAUGCAACUACUAUACAUCAAACUGACUUUUUACAAUCUGUUAACAGUAAUAGUAAUCAUAUGAAUAAUAAUAAUGUAAAUGAUGGAAAUGUGAAAACAGAUGAUUGUAAUAAUAAUAAUAAUAAUUUGACUCAUCACGAAACGAUUAAUGGUGAAAGUACUAUUACUAAUACUAUUACUACUACUAGUACUAAUGCAGCUACUUCUAUCAUUACUACUAAUACUACUGCUGCUGUUACGACUACUACAAAUCCAUUAAUUCAUGCACCAAUUAAUUCGUUAACUAACACUAGUUUUUCUUCAAUAAAUACUACUACUGCUCCUCCUACUACUACUACUUCGAAUAUCACCUCUACAUUAACUAACAAUAACAACAACAAUAUUCAUAAUUAUAAUCAGAAUAAAAAUAAUAUCAUGCUGUCUAAUUCUUCAACAAUUGUUCUACCAGCUAUACGUCGUCGACGUCGAUUAUUUGCCCAGAACGGUAUCAGACCAAUUACAAAUGUUAUACAAAGUCCUUUUCUAAAUCAUACGAAUUCGCUGAAUGAUGAGAGUAACAAUUCAACUGUAAUGAAUUCCACUGGUGGUGGUGAUGAUGAUGAUGGUGAUGAGACAACUAAUUCGACCGCGGCGGCGUCGGCAACGGCGUCUGAUUCACAACUUAGUGUAAAGGUUACUCCGAUCACUAAUAAUAAUAAUAAUAACAAUAACAGUAUUGAUAAUGAUAUGGACGAUACUAUGAAUAAUAGUAUUAGUAAUUCUCUGACAGCAUAUGACAAUGAAUUAAAACAAUCAGACGAUAUACAGUCAUCAAAUACAUUAACUCAUAUCACCAACUCAUCAACUACCACAAUGCUCACUUUAAAGCGAAACAAUACCACUGUACAGGAGGAAUCUGUUGAAAAUUUACAAUUAUCUAGUCAAAUAUCUACUGAUGUUGAAUUUACUUCUAAAUUAUCGAAAGAAAAAAUUUCUGUAAUGACGACAACUACAGUGACAACACAAUUAACGCCAACUUUAUCAAGCAUCAAUAUGACAUCAUAUACAACGGUCAUUCCUUCACCGGUUAUCAUUACUUCCCCAACAAUUAGCCCAAAUUGUCGAAUACUACCCUUAGAUGCAAUCAACACUCAUAAUCUUCACCAGAAUACAGAUGGUUCCGUUUCUUCCGCUUCACCUUCAAAUCCUAAUAAUAAUAACAAAUGGAUGUACACAAACUCGAAUUGUAUACAAAAAGAAAAUAAGAUAUUAUUAUCAAUUGAAGAUGAAAAUGGCAAAGAUACAUCAAGAACUAUCAUCAAUCAUCAAAUGAAAUUAUCUGUCAGUAACACUUCUUCACCAAUCAAUAAUAUCGAUCAGAAAGAUGUAGUAAAUUGUUCAAAAUUGUCAAGCCCAACCAUUACUACUACUAGUAGUAGUUGUAGUGCAGUCGAUUCCAAAUUGAAAUCAACAAUAACACCUUUUCAUUUUCCUCCUCCACCUGUACUUAUUGGUCCAGAUGAUCGACGUAUAUUAACGCAUUAUAUUGAUGGACAUAUUAUUUAUGAAAGUGAUAAACCGUUUCCAGUAAAAAAUGGUAUGGAAUUAGUUGAAAUAGCUCUUUUGAAACAACAACAACAACAGCAGUCUUGUCUAGUGAAUUCUACCAAUUCAUCAUCAUCAUCCCCACCACCACUGAAAACUUUCAUUGUCAACGGUUAUGAAGAUCGAUUAAUGAACACUGUCAAAUCAUCAUCAUCAACAACCAUUGUAAAAUCCAAUGAUAAUUAUGAAUCAGACGUGUUCAUGACUACUACUACUACACCUACUACUACUUCAUCUAGACUAUCGAAUGAAAGCGUUGAUAACUGUGCUGCUGCUACUGGCGGUUGGAUAAAUUCAUUAAAAGUAUCCAAUUCAUCAUUAUCUAUUAUUGACAAGUUGACAAAUCAUCAUUCCGAUCAUCAACAUUCAAUGCAUACACCUACACCGUCUAAUAUGCUAUUAUUACAGCAUUAUGAUACACGACGUCGUAAAUCAUCAUUAUCAUCUAAUGAACAAUCAUUGUACAAUGAUAUUCAUGAUGAAAAUGAUUCAUUAUUGUUAUCAUCAUCAACAACAACAAUCAAUCAUCAUUAUCAUCGACCUACACAAGGAAUUUUAGCAUCUUAUCCUCAUUCUACUAUAUUGUCUUUAGCUAAUCGUAAUUCAGCUAAUGUUGUUUAUACUCAAUCACCGAUUGUAUCAAUCCCCAGUCGAAAUGACAAACAAUCAUCUUAUGAUAUUUUAAAAGGAGGAAAUGAACUAACUGCUUUGGAUGGUAAACUGAUUGAAAAUUAUUCACAACAUCAUCAAUACACUGAAUCUUCAGUAUCGCUUAAUAAGCCGCCAUUAAAUGAAAUUCAAUCGAGUUCUGGAAUUAUGCAUGGUGGAAUCAAUCCAUCUACUACAUGUCAACAACGAUUAUCUGUUGGUAGUAGUAGUAGUAGUGGGAAUAAUAGUAGUAUUGCUCAAACAAAGAUGUAUGGUAUAUCGCACCAGACAGUUACCUCAUCAUCAUCAGCAGCAUCAUCAACAUCAGUUCCAUCUUCUGGAUUAUAUACCGCAACACCUACUCCACCACCGAAAGGUCCAAUUUAUAAAUGGACAUCGGAUGAUGUGGUUGCAUUUGUUCGUGGUACACCAGGUUGUGGUGCAUAUGCAUCAGCAUUUUUAAAUAAUGAAAUCGAUGGAGAAGCCUUACUGUUACUAGCUGA